GCAAUAGUUCUUGGGAUGAUGAUGAGGACUCUGAUUGUGUUGAAGUCUUGGAUAACAUCAUGUCCCCCCUCAAGAAAAACAUGGGACAAAUCUCCAUUGUCAUGUCCUCGGUCUCAUAAGAAGCACAGAACAAGUUCAACUGCUGAGUUUGCAUCCAAAAGACAUGGCGAAGGCACAUCCAGCACUCCAAAAUGAGCUCAAACAGUUCUUGGGAGGAUGCAUGCGUCGAAUACAAGAGGAAAAGCUGCUGUAGCUAUUCGGAGAGCUACUGCUUUCAAAUCUGACAACCCUUCUUUCAUAGUUCCCAUGAAGCGCAAUAUCAAUGGAUAUUCUGUGUGGCUGCCUUCAAAAUUGUGUAUCCACAUGAGGCGUCUUGGUAAGCAUUCUGGUGCCGUUAUCCUUCGGGUUUUGGAUGGGAGAACUUGGUCUGUUGAAAUGAAAUGUGAAAUCGCAACCAGACCAAAACUCAGAUUGCAGUAUGGUUGGACUGAAUUUGUAAGAGGCAAUAAUUUGGAAGUUGGUGAUGUGUACGUGCUUGUGUUGAUAGAUGACACUAAACUUGUGUUUGAAGUUGUCAUUUUUCGCGCCACAGGAACUGCACAUACAUUCUCACCACCAGAUGUUGACGGGGAACAAACAAUGUCCCAAACGGAAGAAACUGAUGAAGAUGAUGAUUCCAUUGAAAUCUUGGACAAUUUCCCAAGAUGCUCGAAAACAAAGAAGAAAUCACCGACAGCACCACAGCCUCACAAGAAAAACAGAACAUGUUCAGUUAGCACAGCAGAAAAUCGCAUAAAGAAAUUUGGUGGCUCGUCUUUGACUGAAAAAAUAAUGAACCGAAGAACUCUUCAAGUUCUUAGGAAGAUGAACCCAGUUACGGCAGGUGGUACAAAUAGAGCCCUUCAGAGAGCAAAGGCUUUCAAAUCUGAAUACCCUUCUUGCACAGUUGUUAUGAGUCCCUCAUAUAUCCAUGCACAUUAUGUGUAUUUGGGAGCCAAGUUUACCAAGGAACACUUUCUUAAGCGGAAUUAUCAUCAAGUAAUCCUUCGUGUUUCGGAUGGAAGAACUUGGCCUGUCAAAUUAAGCAAACGUCAGAAAAACAUGGUCCGACUCCAGAAUGGUUGGAUUACAUUUGUGCAAGACAGUCAUUUGGAAAUUGGUGAUGUGUGUGUAUUUGCGUUGAUUAACAACAUCAAGGGUUUAAUGGAUGUUGUUAUUUUCCACACUACAGAAGCUGCACGUUGCAACGUGUCACAAAACGGGGAAAAACCAAUGUCCCAAACUGAAGAAACUGAUGAAGAUGAUGAUUGUGUUGAAAUCUUGGACGAUUCUCCACCAUGCCUGAAAACAAAGAAAAACAGAGUGGGUUCCAUUAGCACUUCAGAAACCCACAUGAAGAAAUUUGGUGGCUCGUCUUGGACUAAAGAAUUAGUAAAACGAAGACCUGAUCAGGUUCCUAGGAUGAUGAAUCCACAACUUCUGCUAAAUUUGGAAGCUAAGUUUGCCCAGGAACAUCUUCUAAACAGGACUCAUGAUAAUGUGAUUCUUCGUGUUUCGGGUGGAAGAACUUGGCCUGUCAAAUUACACCAAUAUAGCAAAACUGUACUGAAAUUCCAGAGUGGCUGGAUGACAUUUGUGCAAGACAAUGGUCUGGAAAUCGGUGAUGUGUGUGUUUUCAUGUUGAUUAAUAAUACCGAACAUUUAAUGAUGUAGUCAUUUUCCGCGGUAGAGAAACCGCUGAUUGCACCUUUUCACCGGGUGAGCAAGUUUUCUGUUGGUUGUGAGUUUCUUUCUGCUCCAUCAGGUCUGUCAUCUGCAUAACUUAUACGCGUGUUAUUCUUCUCCAUUUUUCUGUCUUUGUUUUAGGGAAAGCUCAAUCAAUUUCCAAGGAUCAGUUCAAGUCGAAAAAUAAGAAAGUAGCCGGAUGGAUGUAGUUGUUGAAGCUGAGUAUUUCACCACGAAUACUACCAAAGAUGAAUCUGAAUAUUGAAGGCAGAUGAAAAAAGGUCUGCAAAUUUAAUGAUGCCCAUGUCCUCCACUUGUUAUUUUGAUCACCCUCAUAAAGGGCAUCAUCCUAAGAACCUCUUUUGUUGUUAUGAAUUUCAACUUCAUCUUGAACCCUACAUUUUGGAUGUCAUAGUUAUGAGAUAUGUUGUCUU